AUGGCUAGAAAUCCGAUCACGUUAGCUGAGAUCAUGGAUGACGUCACCAACCCGUUUCCCCUCAACGUUAAUCCUGCAUCCCCGCUCUUUGCUACGACCCACGAUUAUUCCGGCAGUGUAACUCUAACAAUGAAUCACCUACAGAGAAGCCUAAGACUAAGACAACGUAUAAACACCUUAGUGCAUGGAUAUUACUUGGGUAUGUUAUAUGCCAAUGGAACUCGGCAACAGCAAAAACAAAUCUAUAGAACCACCAAGUUAGAAUUUGCAGACCUACGAAAGUUGAAAUUAAAUGAACUUCAACAACUUACUGAAGAAGAUCAUGC